AUGGCUUCCUCUGCUACAACUGAAACCCCUGCUCCCGCUUCCUGGUGUGGACGCAAUGCCAAGCCCCGUACAUUUGAGACUCACUCGCCAGUAGUCUGCUACGAUAAACCAGAGGCUUCAAUUGUUUCUAAGGAGGAAUACGAUGAUAAGCGCUUCCAGGCCCUGACUGGCGAUUUGGUGGAGACUUUGGUGGUGCCCAAGCGGGAGGCCCGUACCUGGACUAUGCAGACGGGCGACCUGUGCCGAGUGACCGUCCACGAGGGCUCCCAGGUGGGCGACAUGAACUUCUGGAACCUGGAGAAUACCGCCGAGCGCUUUUAUUCGGGAAAGACGAGGCAGUUGCACUCGUCGCACUUGAGCGUCUACGAUCGUCUGUGGAGUUGCCUGCCCCACCUGCGUCCCAUGGCCACCUUCGUGUUCGACUCCCUGGCCGCCUACGGGAUCGAUGAGGACGGAGGUGCUCUACACGAUGUGAUCGGAACUCGAUGCGACGACUACACAUACAAGCUGAUCACGGGCAAGGAUCGGGUUGGCAGCUGCCACAGCUCCCUGGUCAAGGCGGUGGUGGAGGAGCGCGGUUUGACGGAGCAGGAUGUGCACGACGUGUGGAACAUCUUCAUGUGCACUGGCUUCACCCGGGAAACGCAUCAGUACUUCUGCAAGCCAAGUCCCGCCCGCAAGGGAGAUUUCAUUGAGUUCGUGGCCGACAUGAAUCUGCUGGUGGCCCUGAGCGCCUGUCCGCAGGGAGAUGUCUCCAUCCAGGUGGGCGCCGAGGUGCCAGACGACAAGUGCCACCCCCUCAAGGUCGAGGUAUUCCGCAAAAAGUAACCAGAUUCAUUAGUAUUCCGUGUGGAAAACCUGAUUCUUUACAGCGUGCCAUUUAUGUAUUUUAACAGUGCAUUAGAGAUGAGCAGGAGUUGCCCAGAUCAGCUGUCACUUAGGUGACGAAUAUUCAUUACUGGUCUUACUCUUAUGUAGUACAUAUAAAUAUAUUAUUAUAAACUUAUUUUUUCACUA